UGUCCGACGAGUCCGCCGACGAUUGCGGGGUCCCUACGCGAAACGUUACGCGCGCACCGUGUGCCCCGUUGGUGGCCGUGAUUCAUGUGUCGCGAGUAUCGCCGUUCGUCGCUCGCGAAUAGUGACGGAUACCCGGUGCAGCUGCUGCUAACGGCGGCGGAGUUGCUGCUGGCGCAACGACGAGGAGCCUCGUCAUCAUCGUCACUCGCCGUCGUCGCCGUCGCCGUCGCCGCGCCGCGCUCGUUCCGCUCCACAAUUAUGUCACGAGGACGACCGCGGCCGCCUCAUUGAGACUCUCGUACGCCGUCCGAGUCGAGCCGCGCUCGUGGCGCCGGGAAAACGGGGAGAGCGAUCGGCCGCCGCGCAACGGCUUGUUGACAGGACAGGAGCGCGACAUUUCCCCUCUCGACCGUGACUCGCUCGACUCCAUCGUGUCGGUCCGCUCGCCGUCUCUCUCUCUCUCGCUCUCCAGUCUCUUUCCCCCCCUCCUCCUCUCACGUCUCUCUCGCUCCCUCUCGCGCCUGUGAUCCGCGCUCUCCUUCCCCCUUUCUCGCUCUUCCCUUCAAUCGUCGAAAGCGCGCACCUUUAUCCCUCGCGUAGCCUCCGCGAGUUUCGCCUGUCGGGCCGGAAGGCUAGCGCUCGCCCACGGGAGAGGCGUCGUUAAAUGCGCUCGGCCGCGGGGCGGAGGAGGAGGAAGAAGGGGCUACCCGCAGUCGGUCCUCACCACGUUGCCGUUGUCCAGUGAUCUCGCGCGGCGUACCAACCACCGUCUCCCAACGCGAGGCGAGGCGAGCGAUCCAUCGGCUGUUCCCGAUACGUAAAUGGGUUUCGCCCGCCGCGCUUAGAGAGUCGCAACAGCCUCGCGGGCACCGCGGCUGUGUGCGUGCGCGCUGCGUCUCUGUCUCUCCUCGUGCGCGCGCGCGCGCGUGUGUAUUCUGUGUGCGUGUGUGUGUGUGUGUGUUUUUAGUGCGCGCGGCCGUGCACGUUGAUGUGCACGCGGCGUCGCGCGCUCGCCCAGGCAGCCUUCACGUCAGGACGGCAUUUCUGAGGAGAGGAGUACCUUCGACGCACGCCCCCCCCGAGACCGAGAACCCGACAUGAUGAAGAGCAGUGCUAUGAUGAAGAAAGAGAGCAAGAUGCGCAUACGUGCUUUCCCGACAACUAUGGAUGAGAAGUAUGUAGAGAGCAUCUGGACCUUACUGAAGAGUGCUAUUCAAGAGAUACAGAAGAAAAAUAACUCUGGCCUCAGCUUCGAAGAACUUUAUCGCAAUGCUUACACGAUGGUGCUCCACAAGUACGGCGAACGAUUAUACACAGGACUGAAAGAGGUCGUAACGCAGCAUCUCGAAAACAAAGUGCGAGAUGACGUUCUUCGUUCCCUGAACAAUAACUUCCUGCAAACCUUGAAUCUAGCGUGGAACGAUCAUCAAACGUCGAUGGUGAUGAUCAGGGAUAUCUUGAUGUACAUGGACCGAGUGUACGUUCAACAGAACGAUGUAGACAAUGUGUAUAAUCUUGGAUUAAUUAUUUUUCGAGAUCAGGUGGUCAGAUAUGGAUGCGUCAGAGAUCAUUUGCGGGAAACAUUAUUAGGUAUGGUCGCGAGGGAAAGAAGGGGAGAGGUUGUAGAUCGUAGCGCUAUAAAAAAUGCCUGCCAAAUGUUAAUGCUACUUGGAAUUAACAAUCGCCAAGUUUACGAGGAGGAUUUUGAAAGGCCUUUUUUACAACAGAGUGCUGAGUUUUAUAGAAUGGAAUCUCAAAAGUUUCUGGCGGAAAACAGCGCAUCGGUAUACAUAAAGAAGGUUGAAGCUAGAAUCUGCGAGGAGUCCGAAAGAGCGAAACACUAUUUAGACGAGUCCACCGAGUCACGGAUAGUAGAGGUUGUAGAAGAAGAGUUAAUCAAAAUACACAUGAAAACCAUUGUCGAGAUGGAGAACAGUGGUGUAGUGCACAUGCUCAAAAAUCAGAAAACAGAAGACCUUGGUUGUAUGUAUAAACUAUUUUCGAGAGUGUCGGACGGGUUGCGCACUGUGUGCGACUGUGUAUCUCAGUUUCUUAGGGAACAGGGUCGCGCGUUAGUGCAAGAGGAGCACGAAUCAACCACAAAUGCCGUUCUUUACGUCCAAAACUUGUUAGAUCUAAAGGAUCGCUUUGAUCAUUUUCUACAUUAUUCUUUCAAUAACGACAAGAAUUACAAACAGAUGAUAGCGUCGGAUUUUGAAUACUUCCUUAACUUAAAUCCCAAGAGCCCGGAGUAUCUGUCGCUAUUUAUCGACGACAAAUUGAAGAAGGGUGUCAAAGGAAUGACAGAGCAGGAGAUUGAAGGGAUCCUAGAUAAAACUAUGGUUUUAUUCCGUUUCUUACAAGAAAAGGAUGUAUUUGAACGGUACUAUAAACAACAUUUAGCCAAACGAUUAUUGUUGAAUAAAUCUGUUUCAGACGAUAGUGAAAAGAAUAUGAUUUCCAAACUUAAGACUGAAUGUGGAUGUCAGUUCACAUCAAAGUUGGAAGGCAUGUUUAAAGAUAUAACAGUCAGCAACACUAUUAUGGAUGAAUUUAAGGAUCAUGUUCUUACAUCUGGCACAAAUCUGCAUGGCGUGGAUAUAAGUGUCCGGGUGCUCACAACUGGUUUCUGGCCGACGCAAUCAGCCACUCCAAAAUGCAGUAUGCCUACUGCUCCGCGUGAUGCCUUCGAUGCCUUCCGGCGCUUCUACCUAGCUAAACAUAGCGGUCGACAAUUAACGCUACAACCACAAUUAGGUUCCGCUGAUCUGAACGCUGUAUUCUACGGACCACGAAGAGAAGAGAAUAAUUGCGGGGGCUUGGACACUCCGUCGUCUUCGAGUUCUAUUGGGAAUGGCAGCGCGAGCAGUGGCUUAGUGAGCCAACGAAGCAGCCUGUGUAGUACACCACGAAAGCACAUAAUACAAGUUUCCACUUACCAAAUGUGUGUGUUAAUGCUGUUCAAUAAGAGAGAAAGGUUAACGUAUGAGGAAAUUCAAGGUGAAACCGAUAUUCCAGAGAGGGAUUUGGUCAGAGCGUUACAAUCUCUUGCCAUGGGUAAAGCUACACAGAGAAUUUUACUUAAACACCCUCGUACGAAGGAAAUCGAAUCUACGAACUGUUUCUGUGUGAACGACAGUUUUACCAGUAAAUUACAUAGAGUGAAGAUCCAGACCGUGGCAGCGAAGGGAGAAUCCGAACCUGAGAGAAGAGAGACGCGCAACAAAGUCGAUGAAGACCGGAAGCACGAGAUCGAAGCAGCCAUCGUACGAAUUAUGAAAGCACGAAAGCGUAUGCCUCAUAACAUACUGGUAACAGAAGUGACAGAACAGUUAAGAGGUCGAUUUUUGCCUUCACCUGUAAUAAUUAAGAAACGUAUCGAAGGCUUAAUUGAACGAGAAUACUUGGCCCGUACACCGGAAGAUCGGAAGGUGUACACAUACGUUGCUUAAUGCUGAAUACAAUAUUGGAUGUGUACAAACAUGAGUGUAUGAUUGGGAAAUUUAUCGAAAAUGGUAAGCUGUCGAUUACGGCUGACGUUGCAAAUAUAUAUUAAAAAUAAAUAGAAAUGGGCCAUUAUUGAGUGCUGAAGCUGUAAGAUGGUGUAUUACGUUUAUAAAAUAUCCAUUAUAAAAUAUUUGAUUUGAAUUAGACAUUUUAUACGCUUGUUAUCAUGGAACAUCUCUGUAAUUGAAAUGAAUGGCAAGAUAUUCUUUUGAUAAUUGACUAGUUUGGUGGAAAAGGUCGACGUGUCAAAGAAAUUUUGCACUUAUUGUUACAUCUAAAUCAGGGAGGCAUUAAUUUUUUGUUGUUAAUAAUUAACGAAGAUAUUGUAUCUGCGCUUCAACUCCACAUUUCAAUUACAUGUGCAUUUGUUUAACAUACACUUGUAUUACAAUACACCUGUAAUACAUGUGAGUACUCAUUAUAAUAAAUAUGUAUUCUAAAUUAGAGAGAUUUUAGUUAAUGUACGUUUCUAAUGAUGCAAAAUACAGUUAAGUUACUGAAGACGAUUCGCAUUGAUAAUAUUGCAAUUAGGAACUUUUCUACACUUGUAAGACUGUGAUUGUCUAUGAUAACAUAAAUAUUAUCUGAAUAUACCGUGAAUUUAGGAAGAAAAAUGGUACAUUUACAUAUAGUUUUAUUUACGUUGAUGUCUAUCAAUUAUAUAUGUAAAUAAGUGAUGUGAAUGUAUUAUUAAGAAUAUACUUGUCUCAUUUCCAACAA